AUUGGCGUCUGUGAUUGCUCACGAGGGAAGUCUGUUAUCUUUAAGCCCAUCCCACUGUGGGCGGGAAGACUCGCUCCUGAGGGUAGUCAAUGCUGCAGUAUGUGGGUUGGUAAAGGGGAGUAUUGGGGGAAUCGAAGAAUUUUGUUCUUGAAUUUAUUUACUAAAUAAAAGAAAACAAAGAACCCCGACAAAAGCCGAAUCGCAUUUAUUUUUUACAAGAGAAUGGUCGUGGUUCUGAAACGCCGAGGUUAAGGUGUUGAGUUGCCAGCUUUCUCUGAUUCCGUUCGAACUCUUCUCUGUGGGAAUGGAGUCCCAGAUGCACACACAGCUGCAUGAGUGAACGUGGAGAAGGGGCCUUCCAAAAUGGAGAAGAAACGCAGAAAGAAAUUGAACUAACUGCCUUUUAAACCAGGCUGCAUUGAAAUGGAACCUGAACUUUCUAUCGUGCAUAUUUAUUUAAAACUUUGUUUUAGCUUCAACCGUGAACAUAUACAGAUUUUAUAGUGUUUUUUUUUAGAAAAGAAGAAUUUGAUUUGUGGGCGCUGUGACAGUGCUACAUUGACCAUGAGGCUGGGGAGUGCCUGGCUGUGGAUGCUGUUGUUUCUGCUGUGCAGCAGGAAGCCUGUGGGGUUGGAGCUGGGCCAUGCCACCAUCACCAACCACCAGGGUCUCCUCUGCCCGAACUGCACCCACCUCACCCUGAAAGUGGAGUUCUCCACCGCUAUGGUGGAACACGAGUACAUAGUUGCUUUCAAAGGAUAUUUCACUGCCAAAGCCAGGAGUAAGUUCAUUUCGAGUGCACUGAAGAACUCUGACGUGGCGGACUGGAAGAUUAUUCCCCGAGACAAUCCCGCCAGCGAUUACCCCAGCGACUUCGAGGUAGUGCAGAUCAAAGAGGCGCACAGAGACGGGCUCCUGACACUGCAGGACCAUCCGCACAUUAAACGAGUCACACCACAGAGAAAGGUCUUCCGCACCCUCAAAUUCACAAACUCAGCUGAUGAGGUGGUGCCUUGUAACGACACCCGAUGGACCCAGAAGUGGCAGUCUUCCCGUCCGCUGAGGAGAACCAGUCUGUCUCUGGGCUCCGGGUUCUGGCACGCCACUGGCAGACACUCAAGCAGACGCUUGCUCAGAGCCAUCCCCCGGCAGGUGGCACAGACCCUGCAGGCUGACGUGCUCUGGCAGAUGGGGUACACAGGGGCUGGUGUUAAAGUAGCAGUGUUCGAUACAGGGCUCGGUGAGAAGCAUCCACAUUUCAAGAAUGUAAAAGAAAGAACCAACUGGACCAAUGAAAAGACCCUGGAUGAUGGGCUGGGUCACGGCACGUUUGUGGCAGGCGUGAUAGCCAGCAUGAGAGAGUGCCAGGGUUUUGCUCCUGAUUCUGAGCUGCACAUUUUCAGAGUAUUCACCAACAACCAGGUCUCCUACACAUCCUGGUUCCUGGAUGCCUUUAACUAUGCCAUCCUGAAGAAAAUAGAUGUCUUAAACCUCAGCAUAGGAGGACCAGACUUCAUGGAUCAUCCUUUUGUUGAUAAGGUUUGGGAACUGACUGCCAACAAGGUGAUUAUGGUCUCUGCCAUUGGAAACGAUGGUCCUCUUUAUGGCACCCUAAAUAACCCAGCAGACCAGAUGGAUGUUAUCGGAGUGGGUGGGAUUGAUUUUGAAGAUAAUAUUGCUCGGUUUUCCUCUAGAGGAAUGACAACUUGGGAGCUGCCCGGUGGUUAUGGCAGGGUGAAGCCGGACAUUGUCACCUAUGGGUCUGGGGUCCGAGGGUCUGGCAUUAAGGGGGGGUGUCGGUCUCUGUCUGGAACCAGCGUCGCUUCACCAGUGGUUGCUGGUGCAGUCACUCUGUUGGCAAGCACUGUGCAGAAUCGGGAGCUGGUCAACCCUGCCAGCAUGAAGCAGGCUCUCAUUGCCUCGGCACGUAGGCUCCCAGGUGUCAACAUGUUUGAGCAGGGGCAUGGCAAGCUGGAUCUCCUCAAGGCUUACCAGAUACUUAACAGCUACCGGCCCCAGGCCAGCCUGAGUCCAAGCUACAUUGAUUUGACUGAGUGCCCAUAUAUGUGGCCGUAUUGCUCCCAGCCCAUCUACUAUGGAGGAAUGCCAACAAUUGUGAAUGUUACCAUUCUCAACGGGAUGGGCGUUACUGGCAGGAUCGUUGACAAGCCCAUCUGGCAGCCCUAUUUGCCCCAGAACGGCGACAGCAUUGAGGUGGCUGUGUCUUAUUCACACGUGCUCUGGCCAUGGUCCGGUUACCUUGCUGUCUCCAUCACCGUUGCAAAGAAGGCUGCAUUGUGGGAGGGAAUCGCUCAGGGGCACGUGAUGGUGGUUGUAGCAUCGCCAGCGGAGAAUGAUUCUGAAACGGGUGCGGAGCAGACCUCCACAGUGAAGCUCCCUGUUAAAGUGAAGAUCAUUCCGACCCCUCCGCGCAGUAAGAGGGUUCUGUGGGAUCAGUACCACAACCUGCGCUACCCGCCGGGAUACUUUCCCCGGGACAACCUGCGGAUGAAGAAUGACCCCCUGGACUGGAACGGAGAUCAUAUUCACACAAACUUCAGGGAUAUGUACCAGCACCUGAGGAGUAUGGGGUACUUUGUGGAAGUCCUAGGAGCACCAAUCACAUGUUUUGAUGCCAGCCAGUAUGGGACCCUGCUGAUGGUGGACAGUGAGGAGGAGUAUUUCCCAGAGGAGAUCAUUAAACUGCGGAGAGACAUUGACAACGGGCUGUCUCUGAUCGUGUUCAGUGACUGGUACAACACCUCUGUCAUGAGGAAGGUUAAGUUCUACGAUGAAAACACAAGGCAGUGGUGGAUGCCGGACACAGGUGGGGCUAAUAUCCCAGCUCUGAAUGAUCUGAUCUCUGUCUGGGGAAUGGCAUUCAGUGAUGGUCUGUAUGAAGGAGACUUCUCAAUGGCAAACCAUGACAUGUACUAUGCCUCUGGAUGCAGCAUUGCCAAAUUUCCUCAAGAUGGAAUUGUCAUAGCCCAAACCCUGAAGGACCAAGGACUGGGAGUGUUGAAACAGGAGACGACAGUGGUGGAUAAUGUUCCUAUACUGGGUCUCUACCAAACACCCUCGGAAGGAGGGGGUCGUAUAGCCCUGUAUGGAGACUCCAACUGUAUAGACGACAGUCACAGACAGAAAGAUUGUUUCUGGCUCCUGGAUUCCCUGCUUCAGUACACCUCGCACAGCGUGAUGCCCCCCAGUCUGAGUCACUCUGAGAACAGACAGCGUCCCCCCACAGUCAGUGAGCAUCCACUGCCGGAGAGACUGGAAGGAAACCACUUGUAUCGCUAUUCGAAGGUACUGGAAGCUCACCUGGGAGACCCGAAGCCACGCCCACUUCCUGCCUGUCCGCACCUGUCGUGGGCCAAACCACAGCCUCUCAACGAGACUGCCCCUAGCAACCUCUGGAAGCACCAGAAACUGCUGUCGAUAGACCUGGACAAGGUGGCUCUACCAAACUUCAGACAGAACCGGCCCCAAGUGAGGCCGCUGUCUCCUGGGGAGAGUGGUGCCUGGGAUAUUCCUGGGGGUAUAAUGCCUGGUCGCUAUAACCAGGAUGUGGGGCAGACCAUCCCAGUGUUUGCAUUUCUGGGGGCUAUGGUGGUGCUGGCGUUCUUUGUAGUGCAGAUCACCAAAUCCAAGAGCAAGCCAAAGAGAAGGAAACCACGGGUCAAGCGUCCACAGUGCCUACAGCAGCCACACCCACCCAAAACGCCGUCUGUCUGAGUAGGUUUGCCAGCCAAAGACAAUGGCACAGGACUGGGCUGUCUGCUGUGCACAGGAUACCACCAAAGUCACUAGUUGGCUGCAUUGUUGAUCAGUAUCCCACCCAUCUGUUCAAGUUGUAUUAUGUUGUAAUCUGGCACCCACAUCCAUACAGGGGAGGUAUGACUGGCAGCUAAGGUGGAUUCUGCAUGGAUGUCUUUCCAUUCUCUACAGCUAGAUCUCCUACUGACACGUAAAGUGGAGCUCAAUUCGUACUGACCAAAAUGAGGACACAUUUCCUGUGUGUUCAAUGUGUUUAAUAUUUAUUGUUUUACAUCGCUCUUAAUUGAAUGCCAUUCCGUCCAAAACGUUCUGGAUGGGUUGGGGAUCUGAAGAACAAAUAAACUCAAUUUUUAGUGAGAUCUUUAAAUAAUAUACUGUUAUUGUGUUUUUGUAAAAUAAUGGUUACUAGGAGCCCUCCUCCUGUGUGUUUUUUUUUUAAUUUUUUUUUUUAUUAUAAAAUGGCAUCUACCAUGACAUUUUGUAAAUAUUGGUCAUUCAUUUCACCAUUGUUGGUGGAGCAGGUUUUCAAAUAUAUGUUAUCGAUUUUAUGAAGCUGAAAAA